ACAUAUGUCACUAAAAUAGUUUCACCUUGGUGAUUUUUAUCGCUCGUAAAUGUCAAAUUCUGAAUGUCAAAGGCAAAUAAAAAUUUUCACCGAAACCAAGCACAAAUCUAGAAAAGAAACACGUAUUUUAUGUAUGAAAAUUUGCCAUUCAAGUGGUUUUUCUAAAUUUUAGUACAGUUAACAAUGGAAGACAGUGUAUUUGAAGACUGGGAUGAAUUAAGUUCUGAUUUUAAAGAAUUGGAGGUAGCAAAUAAGACGUACUUAGAAAAGUUAGAUGAACUCGACUCCUACCAGAAACAAUGCCUCAAACAUAUAGAACAUCAAAAUUACAGACUUAACAUCAUUGAAAAUUCUCUGAAGGACCUUAGUAAACAACCAGAGUGUAAAGAAAAGGUUGAUGUUUUGCAUGAUGGGAUUAUGAAAAGAAGAGCCCAUUUACAUGAAAUAGAACAAACUCUUCCUAAACAGAAUGGCAUUUAUCUUAAAAUUAUUUUAGGAAAUGUUAAUGUUUCUAUAAUCAACCGGGAGGCAAAAUUUAGGUACAAAAAUGAGUAUGAAAAAUUUAAACUGGUAUUAAGCAUCAUUGGGUUUGUGAUGUCGGUGUUAAAUUUGUCAGUUGUUUUUAGACCACUAGAACUCAGCUUCAUAUUUUUGUUAGUGUGGUAUUACUGCACACUGACCAUCAGAGAGAGCAUUUUAAAAGUUAAUGGGUCUCGAAUAAAGGGAUGGUGGAGGUUGCAUCACUUUUUAUCGACAGUAGCGGCAGGAAUAUUGCUAAUUUGGCCAGAUACACCUACAUGGGCACAAUUUAGAAAUCAAUUAAUGUGGUUUAGCGCAUAUAUUAGUGUCGUUCAGUAUUUACAAUUUAGAUAUCAAAGUGGAGUUUUAUAUCGAUUAAAAGCACUAGGUGAAAGACACAAUAUGGAUAUCACAAUCGAGGGAUUUCAUUCAUGGAUGUGGCGAGGAUUGAGCUUUUUAUUACCAUUCUUAUUUUUUGGAUAUGUCAUCCAACUCUAUAAUGCUUAUGCUUUAUAUUUAUUAAGUUACUCCCCUACGUCUACGUGGCACGUGCCUGUUUUAAGUUUUAUGUUCUUUAUUUUAUUCAUUGGUAACACUGCUACCACGAUUAUGGUCAUUCCAGACAAAGUGAAAGAAAAAGUCAAAUUACAAUAUCGUUUUAUGAGUCAAAGGUUAAGUGGUAACCUUGUGGUGAAAGAGAAUGAACAUAAUUGCUCGAAGAAACAAGAAUAAAUCAAGCAGGUAACAUAUACUUAUCUGUGUAUCUAAUUUUUAUGUGGUGUAUUUAUUUUACAUAAUGUAAUAAAAUUUUGAAUCUCAGCAAAA